AUGGAUAAACUUUUCGGUAAACCUCCCACUUUGCCAUGGGUUCAAGAAUUUCAUAUAAAAAAUAACGUAUGGGAAAAACAAAUCGAAGCAAAUUUUAAGAAACCUUUCCUUCAACAUGAAGCUAAACUUAAUGUUAAAUCUAUAGUACCAAAUUUUCCACCGGUGCACAUUUUGGUGUCCAUAAACAAAGAUUUUGAUUGUGAGUGGUUGGGUAAAAUAUUAUCAUGUGGAAUAGCUGGAAUUCGGAUUGUUUUACCGGCACUGGACGAACUAUUAGUAUUAAAAAUCUUGGAAAAAAUUAAACUUGCAAAUGAUAUUUAUAGUAUGAAAAUUGGUAAUGAAAAUUUACUUUUAACAAUUCUGGAAGUGGAAAGUUUUAGAGUACGAAUAGGCAAUUUAAAAAGCUACAAAAUAACCCAGUUAAAAUUGGAAGCUGGUAAAGAAGUGACAUUGACAACCAAUCCAGAUUAUAAAGAACAUGUGACUGAAGAUAUGAUCUAUGUCGAUUAUGAGAAACUAACCAAUGUGGUGCAAGCAGGAGAUAAAAUAAUUUUUAAUAACUGCUUGGCAGAAUUAAUUGCUGAUAGGGUAAAAGAAACUGCAGUGGAAUGUACAGUGGAAAAAACUGGCGACAUAAUCAGCGGAGAAAGUUUAACUAUACCAGGGGCACCUAUAGAUAAAAACCAGAUGAGUCACCACAUGCAGCACAGAAUUUUGGAUUUUGUUGUUGAUAACGAUAUAGAUGUAGUAAAUAUAUACGAUUCCUACAACAAAAAUGAACUUCAAGAUAUUUUAAAUAUAAUAGAAAGUUCACUGAAAGUAUACGUUUUUGCCACGAUUGAUAACUUAUGUGCUAUUAAUGAAUUUGAAAUAAUUUUAAAAUAUUGCGAUGGAGUUUUUAUAGAUUUAUUAAAAUUGCAACUGGAAAUCCAAAGAGAAAAAUGUUUUGUUGCGCAAAAAUCCCUGAUAGCCAAGGCCAAUAUGUUUAAAAAACCGGUAAUGGUAACAUUAGAUUUUUUAAAUGGUAAAAAACUUACAAAAUCGGAAUGUUAUGACAUUGCAAAUAUGGUUCUAGAUGGAGUCGACGGUUUUAUCAUACCACAAGAAAAAUGCACAGUAGAAGCGUUACAAAACAUAAAUAAAAUCAGCAAGGAGGCUGCUGCUGCAUUUUACUUAGAGAAAAAUUUUGAUGGGUUUGCUAGAAAUUAUAAAGAUCCUCAAAUAGCCAUUGCUUUAUUAGCGGUGAAAAUAACACACAGUUGUAAAGCCGCUGCCAUUCUUUGCACCACAACCGCAGGGUCCACAUCCAAACAUUUAUCUUAUUUUAAACCUCAAUGCCCCAUCAUAAUUAUAACAAAAGAUAGAAUAACUGCAAGGUAUCUUAAAAUUUUUCACGGUGUUGAUCCUAUAGUUUUGACCAAAAAAGAUUUAGAAACAGUCAAGGAUGCUGACUCCCGAAUUGAUUUUGGUAUAUCCUAUGCUAAAAGAAAAGGGUAUGCUAAAAUGGGUGACGCUAUUGUGACUGUGUCUUUAUUUUCUAACGAUUUUUUGGCUGCCAAUUGCAUCAAGGUUUUUUACUGUUCAAAAACAGGGUUUUCUGUGUCCAAAUGUACUUAUUGGUAA